GUUCAUACCUGAAGAUUGGGAUCAUUUGCAUUGAUCAUUGGAAAUUUUAUCAAUUUUGUUAUUUUAUUAUGAUCUGAUUCGAUGAAUCUUAGGAUCUUCUUUGUGUUUCUUGUGACCUAGCUAAACGAACACGCAUACACCUAAGGGAUGUACAUUUUGUCCCCAUUAUCACAUCAUUGGGGCAAAUCACGAGUGCUUUCCCUCACCUUUGUAUUCAGUCACUGCCCCUGAGCGUGGGAUCUGAAAACUUUGUUGGGUGUUGCCGAAUCACUAUGAUUUAAAUUUGUUUUAUCAUAAUGCUGUUUCUAAUCAACAACUGCUUAGCUUUCUAUCAAGACUUAUGUGGUGUUCUCGAAUCUUCUUUUCAUACAACCUUUUAGCAUUACUGUUUGCAAAUUUUUUAGUAUUUGAGACAUAAAAGUGGGGCAAGCACCGUUUGUCAUGUUAUACAAAUUGUAGAAAACGGUACUAUUAAGUUGCAUUUCAUUAACAUAUUUAAGAUUUCUUUUCUGGGAUACAUUUGAAAUUACAGCCACAUAAUCACUCAUUGGCAUCGUUGCAAAGUCCACAGAAUUUACCAAAAGCUUUCAAUAUGUGAACCGUAGACAUUUUACAAAGAGCCUAACAAUUUUCUAAUACCAUGCAUCUUCUUCGGGACUGGAGUAGCAUCAAAUAUGAUUUCAAGCUUUUUGUGUUUCAUCAAUGGCUUGCUUCUAUAUAUUUUCAUUUCUCAGUUUCCAUAUGGAAAGUAUUUCUUAUAUUUUUAGUUGCAUUCAGGAACCUGUGGGUGAGCACCAUGGCUACUGGACAAAUUUUCUCCCGAACAACACAAGCAUUGUUCUAUAACUAUAAGCAAUUACCAAUUCAACGGAUGCUUGAUUUUGACUUCCUUUGUGGGAGGGAAACGCCGUCAGUUGCUGGAAUCAUUAACCCUGGUGCCGAGGGAUUUCAGAAACUCUUUUUUGGCCAAGAGGAGAUUGCCAUACCAGUGCAUUCAACCAUUGAAGCGGCUUGUGCUGCACAUCCUACUGCUGAUGUAUUCAUAAACUUCGCAUCAUUCAGAAGUGCAGCUGCUUCAUCCAAGCUUGCUCUCAAACAGCCUACCAUCAGAGUUGUGGCUAUUAUAGCUGAGGGUGUUCCCGAAUUCGACACCAAGGAGCUGAUUUCCUAUGCAAGGUCAAAUAACAAGGUUGUUAUUGGCCCAGCAACAGUUGGUGGGAUUCAAGCCGGAGCUUUCAAGAUUGGUGACACUGCUGGAACGAUCGAUAACAUUAUACAAUGCAAACUAUAUAGGCCUGGAUCUGUCGGAUUUGUCUCUAAAUCUGGUGGCAUGUCUAAUGAGUUAUACAACACAAUCGCUCGUGUGACAGAUGGAAUCUAUGAAGGUAUUGCUAUUGGAGGAGAUGUUUUUCCCGGUUCUACUCUUUCUGAUCACGUUCUGCGGUUCAACAACAUCCCACAGAUAAAAAUGAUAGUUGUGCUUGGAGAACUUGGUGGUCGAGAUGAGUAUUCCUUAGUUGAAGCACUCAAAUCAGGAAAAAUCAAUAAACCCGUAUGUGCCUGGGUCAGUGGAACUUGUGCACGCCUCUUCAAAUCCGAAGUUCAAUUUGGUCAUGCGGGGGCCAAAAGUGGCGGUGAAAUGGAGUCUGCACAAGCUAAAAAUCAAGCACUCAAAGAUGCCGGGGCUGUCGUCCCCACUUCGUAUGAAGCAUUUGAAGCUUCGAUCAAGGAAACGUUUGCGAAACUGGCUGAGGAGGGCAAAAUUACCCAAGUUAAGGAGAUCACCCCGCCACAAAUCCCUGAGGAUCUUAACUCGGCAAUCAAGAGCGGAAAAGUACGAGCACCUACUCAUAUUAUUUCAACCAUCUCUGACGACAGAGGUGAAGAGCCAUGCUAUGCUGGGGUACCAAUGUCCACAAUUGUCGAAAAAGGAAUGGGCAUUGGUGAUGUUAUUUCUCUUUUGUGGUUCAAGCGUAGUCUUCCCCGCUACUGCACACAUUUUAUUGAGAUUUGUGUCAUGUUAUGUGCCGACCACGGUCCAUGUGUCUCUGGUGCUCACAACACAAUAGUAACUGCGAGGGCAGGAAAAGAUCUUGUAUCAAGUCUUGUUUCAGGUUUGCUAACAAUUGGUCCACGUUUUGGUGGUGCCGUUGAUGAUGCUGCUCGAUACUUCAAGGAUGCUUACGACCGCAAACUUUCACCAUAUGAGUUUGUUGAAAGCAUGAAAAAGAAGGGUAUUCGUGUUCCGGGAAUCGGCCACAGGAUCAAGAGAGGUGAUAAUAGAGAUAAGAGAGUGGAGCUUCUACAACUGUUUGCUCGCACACAUUUCCCAUCAACCAAGUACAUGGAAUAUGCCGUAGAAGUCGAGGCUUACACUCUUUCAAAGGCAAACAAUUUGGUGAUGAACGUCGAUGGUGCCAUUGGUACCCUUUUCUUGGAUCUUCUUGCGGGUAGUGGAAUGUUCACAAAGCAAGAAAUCGACGAAAUUGUUGCAAUUGGUUACCUCAACGGCCUCUUCGUCUUGGCCCGUUCCAUCGGUCUCAUCGGGCAUACAUUUGACCAGAAGAGGUUGAAGCAGCCACUAUACAGGCACCCAUGGGAAGAUGUUCUUUACACCAAGUGAUUCACAUAUGCAAUUUGUUGUAUUGAUUAUAUGUUGGUGGGAUUUGCCUCCUUUUGUUUGUUUGUUCGUAUGGAGACAAUUCUCCUUUUAUUAUAUUCAUAAACGACUACUAGGGCUUACCUUUGAGAUUUUAUUUCUAGGUUUCGCAAGUCAUAAAUAACAAUGUUGUUCACCCCUUUUUAUAGCUGUUGAUUAAUGUAAAAUCCCUUGAAUUCAUACUAA